AAUUUGACUUCAAGGUAGAUGACUAAACUGCUGUCUUAUGCAAAGGUCAAAAUGAAAUCCAUGUUUGCAAUUGGAUUUGCAUUUACAGCUUUACUCAGUAUGUUUAACUCAAUUUUUGAUGGUCGGGUUGUAGCCAAAUUGCCUUUUGUUCCAAUAUCUUGGAUUCAGGGUCUGUCUCAUAGAAAUUUAUCUGGAGAUGAUUACACCGACUGUUCAUUUAUAUUUCUAUAUAUUCUCUGCACAAUGUCCAUAAGACAGAAUAUACAAAAGCUCCUGGGCUUUGCACCAUCGAGAACUGCAAACAAACAGAGCGGAACAAUAUUCGUUCCGUCGGCACAACCAAUGAAGUGAUGAAAUUUUGACCAUUUAGCAAUAUAUAAAGUAUCAUUUGCUGUAGUACUGCAAACAUCCAUUUGAAUCAUUUAUAUUGGAAAAAUAUUUUUUUAAAACAAUAACAAUAGAUAUAAAAAAACUCUCUCUCAAAUUAGACUUCCAUCCUCAUAGUUAAAUUAGAGUAGAAACCCAUUUAGAAUUACAUUUUAAGUCAGAAAACGUCUUCACUCAGUUUACUCCGGUGAUAAAAUAUUUAUAAUUAUUUUUAUACGAUAUUGUCGUAUCUUUAUCAUGAAUGAAUGAAAAUUUAUGUAUUUCUUAUGAAAAAUAUAUUGUGUGAUAAUUUGUUUUAACAAAUAUUUUUCAAAAAUCAUCUUAUACAUACAUAUAU